AUGAUGGACGAGAACCCGAGCAGGUUCCCCAGCGCGGACUUGGCCUCCUCCGCCACCUCCGUCCACCGGUGUCGGAGCCUGUCGCACCUGGUGGCGGUGACGGUGCUGUACUGCAACCAGAUGGAGGAGAGGGUGGAGAUGUUGAACCGGUGGACGGAGGUGGCGGAGGAGGCCAAGUCCGCGCUGGGGAACCUGCUCGGGUUCUCGUCCAUCAUGCACGCGCUGGGCUCGCCGCACAUCCAGAGGCUGAAGGAGACGAUGCACGCGUGGCGGCAGAGGUUCACGGACAAGGCGUUCCAGUUCGAGGCUCGUCUCCGCCCCACUCUGGACCAGAUGGAGGAGGGACGGAGCCAGGAGGCUCCCAACACGACCGUGCCGUACCUGCUUCCCCUGUGCUACCUCGCGGACGGGUGGGAGGCGCAAGACGCCCUGCUGUACUGGGAGCGUGGUUACGCGGAGGCGGGCCUGCCCCUCCUCUACCGGCAUCUGUCGGCCGCGAGGGACACGGCCGCGAACACGGAGCGGUACGCGAGGAACGCGAAGGUGCAGCUCGGCGACAUGCGCUUCGAGGACAUCCCCCUCGACAUGUUUCGGACCCAGUUCCACCUCAAGUUCCUGUGGGGAAGCUCGGGUGCCACCGCGGACGCCCGCGAACGCCACACCAAGUUCCAGCAGAUCCUCUCCGCCCUGUCCCGGCGUUGCGAGCCCGACGACACGUGAGACAGAAAAAAAAAAACGUUUCGCCUCGAUCUUCGCCGUGCCCGGUGUUCGCGUUCGUCCGUGUUCGUGCUAGUGUCAGGGAUUCUUCUCGGUUCUCGCUCGAGCAGAAAAAAAAUAUCACAUUGUGCCU